UUCGUAAUCCAUGACCUUUCUGUUGAGCACGUUAACCACUCGUGUUUGUUGAUGUUCGGUGUCACGGAGAGACAGGCUAGAGGGUACGAGCUUGAAAAAGAAAACUGUGGCUGAAAUAUGUAUUAUAUAUGUCCGGAUAUUUGGAUAUAGUUAUGGAGCAUAAAGUCUUAUUGAUUUGCAGGUAGUAUUAGAUCGGUUCAACUCGUGAUCGUCUGCUGAAGGCAACAAUGGAGUCGAUCGCUCACCGGUGUGCCCUUCACCACCUUGAAAUGCGGGUCUCGGAUGGAGAGAAAAUGGUUACUGAAUUUGUUAUGAAGUAUGGUUUUCGUGUUAUCGGAGAAAGGGAUACAGACACAAGUCAGCAAUGGUCAUUACAAUCAAGAGAAUGUAAUUUUAUUGUUACAGAGAUAAAACCAAUUGAGUUCUCCGACAGCAACCGUCGUAAACUAGCCACCGAUCCGUAUGUUACCGGUGUAAUCGCAAAUGACGGAUGGGUUGAAGAUUCCGGAUUGGCUGAUACGUUCCAAACAAGUAUUAGCACUGUCAGUAACGUGGCUUUGGAAGUGAACAAUUUAGAAAAAUAUUUAGAAAAAUUAGAGAAAUGCGGAGUAAUCAUGUUAAAACCGAUUCAAAAAAUAUCAAAUCAAAAUGGAGAAAUAUUGAUUGCCACUGUUAAAUCUUGUUUGGAUAAUAUUGUACAUUCAUUAGUUCAGAGAAAUAACUUUAAGGGGCACCUGUUACCUGGUUUCAAUGACCUAUCACCCUUUAGUAUAUCAUUAAAUUCUUCUAGCAAGUCUGAUAUAGAUAUAACCCAUGUUGAUCAUGUAACUUUCGUCUGUGAAACUGGACGUUCUCCUUCUGUAGUGUCUUGGUAUGAGAAAUGUUUUGGUAUGAUGCCCUUCUCUUUAAACAGAGAUGAUCCUGAUGGAAGCUUAGUAGUUAAAGGCCCUAAUGUUGGUUUAAGGUUAUCUGCUUUUGACUACUGGAAGUGUUCAGAGACAGGUUUAACAUUUCCUGGCAAAAAUAAACUAACCUUUGUGAUAGCUGAACCAUUUGGUAGCUCAGGUCACAGCCACGUUAAAACCUUUAUGAAACAACAUAAUGGACCCGGUGUACAACAUGUGGGUUUACAUACAGAUAAUAUAAUAGGUACCAUAAAGACGUUAAAACAUAAUAAUGUACAGUUUGUAGAACCACCUUAUACAUAUUAUGAAGAGGCUUAUUUUCUGAAGAAGAUAGAAGAAUUAGGGGAUACUUUAAUAGAAGAUAUAGAAACUAUAAAAUCUUUAGGUAUUUUACUAGAUUCAGAAGACCAACCUCCUAAUAAUCACCUCCCGGAAAAGUACCUCAUGCAGAUGUUUACAAAACCGAUAUUUAAUCAAGACACAUUCUUCCUGGAAAUAAUUCAAAGACGAGGAGCUGUGGGGUUCGGGUCGGGUAAUAUAACGGCCUUAUGUCGAGCUGUAGAAAAAUUAAAAAGUACGCAAGUUGCAGGAUAAAUCACACUGGCUUUGUAUUAGUAACAAGACAUAUCGUUCGUGAUUUAAACAUAUUUGGCCACCGACUGAAUGAUUGGGAACACCAUAGCCAUUUCCGAAUCACGCGUGAGCUCUAAAGACACCCCACUUUAUAUAGAAACUAUUUUAUAUAACCUACCUAAAUAUUUGUCUCAAAUCAAAUUUUUAAGCGAUUGUUUUUAUAUCGCUAUAAAUUAUGUAAAUUUAGUCCCAGAAAUUAAGAUUUUCCAAUUCAUAUAAAAUGUAAGCCAAGCUUGCAAAUAUUAUCUUUAGCAUAUGAGUGGUUUAAAUAAAAAUACUGGUGCAUUUAAUAAAAUUGCCUGAAUUGUUUGUUGUCUACAGUAUAUAGAGUAGGAAAUAGAUGUGCCAUUUUUGUGAUAUUUUUCAUUAUGGUAUAUUAAUUCUAGAAUGACAUUUGUUACGUUUAUUUGGGUUUGUCCAACAUAGAUAAAUUUUAUUUUUAGAAUUUAGAAAUAUGAAAUGUAAAAAAAAGUAAAUACCAUUAUUUAUA